AUGAAUGAAUGUACUAUUAAACCACUUUGUGCAUGGGAAGCUUCCUAUCCUUCUCGUUUAGAUACAGCAAUCGGAAAGUCUACUAUCUUUCCUAAAUCUCAUCAUAUGGUUAUAUAUUACUCUGUUAAUUGGUUUCGUUCUUCAACACCUGUUUUAGAUUCAGAUGAUAUUCACUCAUACUUACCACAAUUUAACCUUGAAGUAAAUGAAGUAUGUGCAGCCGUUUGGCUCCCGAGACCUGUUCUUAAUAAAUUAAGUGAUGAUUGGAAGGCAUUUGAGAAACAUUUUCAAAAUCAAUCCGCAAUCAAUAAUUCAGAAUAUCUUUAUACCGAGUUAUCAACGAUGCCAUCCACUUUCCAGAUUGAUAAUGAUCAAACAGAAGUUUGGUAUUGGGGUGUAAACUCUCUUGAUUGGCAAUCGGUACCCGUGAAUCAACUUAUCUGUGGACUAACAUCAAGUCACAAUCCAGUUAUUUCACACAAUACCAGACCCGAAUCUGAAUCUGGUAAUGGACCUAGUACUGUAACACUGGGGACAUUAUAUGCUAUUAUUCAUUGGCUUUCCUUAACCAGUACCGGAAGUAUUGUUUGA